GGUGGUUCGCAAGAAUUUAGUGGGUGUGAAUCUGGUUGGACUAGUUACUUAGAGCAGUCCUUUUGUUCUUAUGGUUCAAAUGACAAAAAGAGUGGUUUUUGUGGUGAAUAUAGGAAGGGUCAUAAGGGUAAAGAAGACGUUGUUGUUGUUGAUGAUGAUGAUGAUGAUGAAGAAGACCUUUCCAUGGUGUCCGAUGCAUCUUCUGGGCCUCCACAUUUCUAUGAAGAUGAUGGUUAUUUCAAUGAUGAUGAUCAUCAUCACCACACUGUGCCUAAAGUUGCUGAAUUGAAUAAAAAUGGUGGUAAAAGACAUAGGAACAAGGAACAACAACUGCCUUCUUUACAUGAUGAUACCGCCAGCUCUCCUCGCAUCAAUUUCCAGAAAAAUAACAAUUUUGGUCACACCAAUAAUACUCAAGCUUCAAUGGAGGAAAGUGGUUUCCAUUAUCAUCCCCAGGGGUUCUCUGCAACACACUUUCAGGGAGGGCCCGCAUUCCAAGGCAACUUUGGAUUUUUGCAGCCUUCUCCACCAGGAAACCACCUACAAGGGCACCAGCGGUUUUAAGGAAAUUAGAGAGAUGAGACUAAGGUGGUUUAAGUUUCCGAAUAUCAACCUGCUGUUGCUAGCUGCUACAAUGGACUUUAUGACUCUUGGGAAGAAAUGGAACAAAGGGUUGCCAAUGAAU